AUGUUUUUUUUUUCAAGGAAUUGUUCUCUCUUGUUUUUUCACACACGCAUCUCUCUCUCUCUCUCUCUUUCUUAUUCUCUCUAUAAUUUCUUAUUUCUUUCUCUUUCACUUUCUCACUCACUUCCUCUCUUUCUAUGCAUUUUGUAUGAUGGUUUGUUAAAGGAAAAUGAUUGUAAGUUAUUGUUUUCCUUUGCCUUAACUCUCUCUCAUAUACUCCUUGUAUAUCUCCCAGUCUCUUCUUGCUUUCUCACUCUCCCUAUUUCUUUCUUGCAUACUCUCACAUUCUCUCUCUCCAUUUUGUAUGAGGAUUUUUAUCAAGAUAUUCUUCUCUUUUCUGUCAUUUUUUGGAAAAUCUCUUUCUUGUUUUCUCACUCUUUCUCUCCACUUACUCUCUUACUCUUUCUCUCCCACUUACUCUCUUACUCUUUCUCUCCACUUACUCUCUUACUCUUUCUCUCUCACCCUCUUUCUACAUAUUGUAUAAUGAUUUUUAUCAAUGAAAAUGAUAGCUAUACAAUUUCACUUAUAAUUUUCACACAGUAA